AGAACUGAUUUCCCUUAAAUUACAACUUAUUAUGGAAAUUUAAUUCCUAUGUCGAUCAAACAAGCCCUUAAUACAAAUUGAUAUCGAUAUUCAAUUUUGUGCAACCUAAUCUAAUCUGCCAUAGAAAGAAAAUACAAAUUGGUAACUAUUGCAUGAACUAAAAAAAUAGUACCCCCUAGUCCCUAGUAAAGUUGAAACUUGUACCCAUCUCCAUUUCCAAUUGAAUACACCCGUGAGUCCGUGACAUGAAGCGCAGCGCCUCCAUAAAUUAAAAACCACGUGUCUCACCCCGAAACACCACCGUGCACGGCACACUUAACCACCGUGCAAUUUACCCCCCACUCCCUCCUUCCUCCUAUCCAAAAACAAUCCGCCUUCCCCUUUUCAAUUUCUUCAUUUUCUCUCUCCUAAAAAGUCACUCACCUUUUUCUUACACUGAACACAAAAGAUAUUUAAAAAAUAAUGCUGUCAAGAUCAAACGGCGUCACAUGGGUGGACGACACAGGGGAACAAGACGACGGCGUUUCAUGGACACGACCACCACAACAACCAUCACAACCACCGCUUGACGGUGGUGACUGGUACCUCAACGGUGGUCACAUUAUCACUCCAUCACCUCAGUUAAGCUCAGGAAUUGGAAAUGACAACUUACUACUUCCUUCCACUCUUCAAACGGCGUUGUCUUGUUCAUCUCAACCUCAAUUCGACCCUUUUGCCAAAUCUUCACUCUCCUCUUUUCUCAGCAACAACCCUUUUGAAGCAACCGCCUUUAAUUUCCCCUCUGAACCGAGUUUUCUCCCCCCGGUUAACCACUCUGAACCGGGACCGUCUUUUGAGUUACCCGGGUUCGGAUAUCCUGGGUUGGAAAGUCUCGACCCGAAUCCGGCUUUCUUUGGGAAUCGGGUGAAGAUGUUGAUGCCUCUUGAAGUGGGCCCCACGAUUGGUCCGCCUCCGGUUGAGCCCAGUUUGUUCCAGAAACGGGCAAUGGUCCGGUCCUACUCGACCGGGUCGGAUAAAUUAGGGGAAUUGGGAGGAGGGUUUUGGGGUGGAAGAGGAAAGAGAAAGAGGGAUAACAGUAACGGUGACGGUGAUUUUGAGGAGGAUGAGGUUGAAGGGAGUUUUGGGGUUUCAAUGGUUAAUUAUGAUUCUGAUGAACAGUUUGAGGAAGGUGAUGGUGGUAAUAACUUUACUAUGAACAAUGAUAAUAGUAUUAAUGAUGGUGAUACUGGUAAUUUUUCAAAUUCAAAUACCAAUAGCAUGGUGACAGGUGGCGGUGUUGCUGGUGGUGAGAAGGGGAAGGGGAAGAGGAAGGGGUUGCCGGCGAAGAAUUUGAUGGCGGAGAGGCGGCGAAGGAAGAAGCUUAAUGACCGCCUUUAUUUGCUUAGGUCGGUUGUGCCUAAGAUUAGCAAGAUGGACAGAGCCUCUAUACUCGGGGAUGCUAUUGAUUAUUUGAAAGAGCUCUUGGAAAGGAUCAGCGAGCUUCACAGUGAAUUGGAGUCUAGUAAUCCUAACCCGCUGAUGCCAACAAGUUCUCAUCCUUCUACACUAAUCCCACCAACUCUUCCAUGUCGUGUGAAGGAGGAACUUUCCCCAAAUUCUUUGCCAGUCCCCAAGAAUCAGCUUGCCAGGAUUGAAGUCAGUGCUGGAGAAGGAAGGGCAGUCAAUAUCCACUUCUUUUGUGCUCGUAGACCUGGUCUGUUGCUAUCCACUUUAGAAGCUUUGGAGAACCUUGGGCUGGACAUUCAGCAAGGUGUUAUAAGCUGUUUCAAUGGCUUUGCAUUAGAUAUAUUUCGAGCAGAGCAAUACAGGGAAGGAAAUGAAGUGUUGCCUGAACAGAUCAAAGCGGUGCUGUUGGAUUCAGCUGGCUUCCAUGGUGUGAAUAUGUGAUGUAGCUGUUGUUCGUACUGACGUAUGAAAAGGCUUCCCGUUAAGUAGGCUCUGUAGGCAAUAUGUCUCCUUUACUUCAAGUUAAUGGUCUAUCAGUUACAACUUACAAGUUUCUCAUUUGAUUUUAUAAGGUGAAGUAUGUAAUUUAUCUAUCCUGCUUGGAGAUGAGGAAAAUUUAUCAUUUUCCCCCUAUAUCUUUCUGCAUUCGAUAGUGGCUAUUGGCCACCAAUGAUGAAGAAGAUUGUGAAUUGUAGAUUUUGUUGUUUCUUUUGAGCAAAAUCAAAGUGGAAGUAUAUCCAAGCAAUAAAGAAAAAGUUUCUUUCUGAA